AUGGCAGCUAAUAUUCCGACGCUUGCUCUAUAUGUUGAUUACCAAAAGGCUUAUGAUCGUGUAUGGCAUGCUGCUCUCCUCUGUAAACUAGAAAAAAUGGGUAUGCCUUUCAACUUAUUAAAAAUGACUAAUAGUUGGUUAGAAGAAAGAAAAGCUUACGUAGAAUAUGGUGAAAAAACUUCGAAAAUAUUUAAUAUAAAUAUAGGACUGCCGCAGGGUAGUAGUCUUAGUCCGUAUUUAUUUAUAGUGUUUCACUCAGAUCUAACAAAUUAUCUAGGAGCUCAUUCAUGUCAUUUAUUUGCAGAUGACCUGUGUGUAUUAAUUAAACCGCCAAUAAUGAAAAAAUUAGGUUCGAUGAUUGACUACUUAGAAAAAGAAGGUACAAGAGUUUGUAAUCAGGUUUUUAUGUACUCAAAAAAGUGGAAACAGCCGUUAAAUGUUUCUAAAACCGUAAUACAAUUAUUUCACACACAAGUUAAAAGACCGAUCGUAAACGUAACAAUAGACGGGAACAAAAUCGAGUUAGUCAAAGAAUUCAAAUACUUAGGAUUUACUUGGACGGAUAAACUUUCGUUGAAACCAACAGUCGAUAAAAUCAUAGGAAAUAUUCAGAGAUCGCUAGGAAAACUGAAAUGGAUAAAAUCUGGUCGUAGAAUGUCAUGUAAAGCGCUCCGUCAAUGUUUCUUCGCGUACACUUUUCCGCAUUUUGCGUGGUUAUUUCCCCUUUUCCCUCUUCUACCAGUAUCUCAACAACAUGUAUUAGAACAAAAAUUCCGAGUAGGUCUUCGGUUGGUGCAUCGCUGUCCCUUCGUUUCUGCGCAUAAUCUAUUGAAAGUCACUUCUGAACAGCCCUUACAAUUUUAUGUAAAAAAAUAUAUUCAACGCAGAUUGAAAACCAUGUUCAUAACUGAUCUUGGUUCUUCUGCCUUCUAUGAAGAUAUAUUUGGCUGGGAUAAUUUUUGUAAAAGGAAAAACGAUCAUCUUGGUCAUUUUUUUCGCACACGUCGUGUGCGGCAAUUGAAAGAUCGACACGAAUCGUUCCUUUUAACGUGGUUGGCUUUUGUUGAUGCGAAUUAA